AUGGGUACUAAGUUAAAGUUCAGUACAACUUUUCAUCCUCAGACUAAUGUUCAAUCUAGAUACCUUGGACUCGACGCAGUCGAAAGAACUAGUGAGGCCAUUGAAAAGAUUAUAGCUCAUAUGCUUGCCACACAAAGUAGACAUAAAAGCUAUGCUGAUCCAAAGCAUAGAGAUAUUGAGUUCCAGGUUGGGGACUUCAUCUUCCUUCGAGUAUCACCAAUGAAAGGGAUUUGGAGAUUUGGAAAGAAAGUAAAACUAAGUCCCAGAUUUAUUGGUCCGUUCGAGAUACUGGAAAGGAAGUAUGUGUCUAAUACGACCCAUAUUUUGAGUUACGAGGACAUUGAACUUCAACCCGACUUAUCCUACGAGGAACAGCCAGUUCAAAUCUUGUAUGGGAAGGAGAAAAUAUUGCAGAAUAAGACUAUUCUGCUAGUUAAAGUGUUGUGGAGAAACAAGGUUGAGGAAGCGACUUGGGAGUUAGAUUCGUAG